AUGCAGAGAGAGGACGGAAGAAUGAUCGAACUCUUGAAACAAUGUCCACACAUUGCAAGUUUGUCGGAGGAGGAACAACAGGCCUUGAUCAAACAGGAGAAUUUUCUGAAUCAUAUUCCUCAUCCGCACGUGUCUCUAAUAUUGAAACAACAUGAUGAUAAUCAAAGCAAUGACCAUGUUCCAAAAACUUGCCCAUACUUUUCGUCCAACGAAGCAGUGUCCGAGGCUUCAUCUUCUUCAACAAGCAACAACCAAGAGUUGAAAUGUCCCUAUCAAUCUGUUUUAAAUGGAGAGCAAUCUGCAAUGAAAGCCUCUGAUUUCAAAUGUAACAAAUGUUCUGCCUAUUUGAUUGGCUGCAUGAGCUCCAAAACAGAAUCCCUUUGUAAAUAUUGUUAUCAAGAGUUAGUGAAUACCAACGAAGGACAACACUCAAAUUAUGAAAGUGAUGAUUUCAAACAGCACCUAACAGACAGUUAUGUAGAAAUAUUAUUUGAAAGAAACGAGAAUGAGAGGAGCAAAAACAACAAUUCGGAGCUAAACGAAACUGAAUUGAAAUUACGAAGAAUUGAAUUUUAUACUAAUUUAGCAAAACAAGAAUAUGCACUAAACAAAAAUUGUGGCCCCUAUUGGAUGGAGAAAGCAAGAAGCAUUGCAUUUAAAGACAUUUUCAUUGCCACACAUUCCAAAUGUGAAUUGCAUCCAAAACUAUUGAUUUUGUUUUGUGUUACAUCCGGCUAUUUGAGCGACAUGUUGCAAACAGUUUCUACUGACUUUACACAAAUUACUGAAAUGUUGGAAGAAACUAUUUCUACAGUUAAUAGUGCAACAAGUGUACUACAUAAUCCAUCCACCAAUGAUAGAGAAGAAUUAGCCAAAGUCCUCUCUGUAACAUCUAUCAAAUUGGGAGACGUAUUUUCGUACAAAAUGAAAAAUUUAGAACGAGCCAAGCAAAUUUAUGAGCAGCUCAUUUCGAACAGCCUAACUGUGGAAAGUGUGGUAAUAUCGCAUGCCAAAAUUGGAGACAUGCAUUUGCUCACAAGAGACAGAGAGCAAGCCUUGCAGUACUUCACUCGAGCUUUGGAGUUUUUAAAAACGAGUUCUGCACUUGACGACAAGAAUACACCUUUGUACCAUUGGAUUUCAUCAAAAAUUCAAAAGCUGACUGAUGAAUCAAGGCUUUGA